UAAGAAUUUGGUUUUGGACUGAAGUAAUUUUUCAUUCUAUUGUUUCGACGACAUAGUUGGCGUCCUCCACCACAGGACCCAAACACAAACAGCACAAAACAUGUCGAUGCGCCCCGAUGAUCAUCGCCGGAAAUGGGACCGAAAGGAAUACGAACGGUUAGCCCAGGAACGUGCUCUUGCCAAAGCGAAUACUACCACCGAAGAUGAACCAGUUACGAAGGAACUGCUCAAGCAACGCGAGUACAAAGUCGACCUUGACUCAAAACUGGGCAAGAGCAUGGUAAUUAACAAGAGUACUCCAUCGUCACAAUCCGGCGGUUAUUACUGCAACGUGUGCGAUUGUGUGGUCAAGGAUUCUAUCAACUUCCUCGACCACAUCAACGGCAAAAAGCAUCAACGUAAUCUGGGCAUGUCGAUGAAAGUCGAGAGAAGCUCGCUGGAUCAGGUGAAGGAACGUUUCAAAAUCAACAAAAAGAAAACCGAGGAAAAGAAAAAAGAUUACGAGCUGGAGAGUCGCGUGAAAGAAGCUAAGGAAGAGGAGGAACGUUACCGGGAAUAUAAACGCGAGAAGAGGAAAGAACGUAAACGGAAAAUUGAGGAAGUUGACGACGCCGAUGCUGGUACCUCGGAACUUGCUGCCAUUAUGGGAUUCGCAGGUUUCGGUGGAUCAAAAAAGAACUAGACUUACGUUGUAGUAUUAAUGCUAACCAAUCUAACUAUUUUUACAAACAAAAGCCCGUAAGUGGUAGCUUUUGGUAGGAAAUGCUAACAAUUUACAACAGCUAUUUUGUUUUUUGAAACAAGAUUAAGCGAUGUGGUGAGCCUCAAUAUUUUACGCACUCUUGUCCUCCGUACCAAUCGGUGCCACAUACAACUCAACGAUGGCACACGUCCUGCGGAAUGGCGAGACCUGCCGGAUGUCUAAGUGUAUUCACUGAAACUAAUUUUUGAUUUACAACUAUGUUAACGAUGUAUCUUGGUAAUUAAACAAGAGAAAUAUAUAGAUCCUAAUACGGCAGUAGAGGUUGACGUCGUUUACCUUACGCACACUUUGUCUACCUGAGAUACGAUUAGUUUCAUUUUUCCCCAAAAGCAUAGUUUUUCUGAUAAUAACAAACUACUAAGCACUUACGUUAGUGCCAGUUGAAUAUUUGAAAAUUCGCCCUUUAUAAAC